AUGAAGGAAUUGUUAUCAAAGGGCCUAGGCACCAAAGUGAGACAAGCUGAUCCAAUAUUGCCGGAAGAUGAAGAAAAAAUCUGGACUAGUGGAGUAUUUGGGUCACACUCUUCUCAAGCUCUACAGUACACAGUUUUCUUCUAUAACUGUAAGAUAUUCGGUUUGAGGGCCUUUGACGAACACAGAAAUUUAGAGUGUUCCCAGUUUGAAAUCGGACAAGAUGAGCAAGGAAAAUUUAUUCGAUUUACGGGCAGAUCAUCUAAAACAUACAAAGGGGGACUGAAACAUCUGCAGCUAACCAAUAAAGACUUGAAACAUUACUGCCAAGAAGGUGAACGAUGUCUUGCCGAUUUAUAUCGUACCUAUCUUGACGCUCUUAGUAAUGAGGGACCUUUUUACCGCCGGCCUUUAGCUGUCUCAGGUAUUGUCUGUGUGCGAUAUGGUGAAAAAGUACUGGGAGUUAACAAAUUAAAGGGGCUAAUGAAGGAAAUCACAGGUAAAGCUGGACUAGAGGGAAACUUUACCAACCACUCGGGCAAGAGGACGUGUGCUACUCAAUUAUAUCAUGCUGGGAUCGACGAGCAGGAAAUAAUGUCUCGGACAGGUCACAGGUCAGAAACUGCAGUCAGGAAAUACAAACGAUCUAAUUCAGUACUGCAAGAGCGUGUUUCUGAAGUUUUGAAUCCGCCAAACACGAAAAAAAUGAAAGGUGAAAUAACCGUGCUUAAAAUGAAUGAGUCUGAAAAUCUCAGAGAUGAAAAUUCGAAACCGGCGGCGGUGUCCGACAGUGUGGUAACAAGAGGCGUUCCUGAAAUUGGAUCCGGAAGUGAAAAUGCUGAGAUUCCAAAUAUCUUCAAGCCAGGAUCUGUGUUUAACAAUUGUGUGUUUCAUUUCAAGCCUUGA